AUGCCCUCACGGCCGCCAGGGUAUCUGAGGAAUUAUUCUGCCUCAUCUUCAAAUCGAUAUCGUCCUUCAUAUCAUCACCCUCGCGAAGAUGACCACAAUAGAGGUGAUACUUACAAAGGAGAUGUAAAUGGCCGCGACCGUUAUAAAUAUAACCAGAGAGGCCGGGCUGAUACUUAUGUUCCUUCAAGUAUGCGGGGAAGUGGAGAAAGGAAAGUUCAUGUUUCACUGUCAUCCUCGUCUUCACGCAAUGAUGAAGGCAUGAAAGAUACAGAUCAUUACGAAGGAUCAGGCACUCCCUCAUUAAAGGAGCAUUGGAACACGACAUCUAAUAAUAUCAACAAUUCCCCUAAUAAUCAAAGAAACUCAAUAAAUGGCAAGGCUUUGGAUUUUAAAGAUAACUGGGAGCUUUUCAAAAAAGAAUACUUGAAAAACACUAAAGAUCAUAUUGAUCCGGCCGGCGACGAUCAAUCUCAUGUAAUUGACCCAUUCACUCUCAAGCCUAUAAAAUCCGAUUCCUUUGAGCUAUCUACAAAAAAGGCGAACUACAAGGUAACGUAUGAUCCUGAACUCGGUAAAAAUCCUGCAAAGGGCAACCACUUGCUCUACCGAUUCAAAGGAGAAGGGAUGCUAGAACCCUUGGACGAUCCAAGAUUGAAGAUCAAAAACAGCUACGCCAAAUAUUGUGUCGCCAAAAAAUCAAAACACCCACAGUAUAAAGCAUUAAUCGUCCCAGUAUUCCAAUAUGAUAAGAAUUCUGUUGGAGAUCCUCCUUCAUGUGAAAUCGUUGUUUGGAACUUUUCAUCAAAAAUUGGUCCAGGUAUUAUCAAGUCAAACUUUUCUAAGUUCGGCCCAAUUCUCAAUAUUGAAAUGAUCUGUGAUCCAAUAUCUGCAAUUCCAUUGGGUGUCUGUCUCAUUAAAUUCAAUGACAAUGAUGGGAAAUCAUUGGCUGAGGCGCAUAAGAGUGCUAUUCUUGCGGUCAAUGAAGCCGGUAAUAAAUUGAUUAUUGAUAAUAGUAGAGUCAAGGUAGGAUUACAAACCAAGAAAAAUGGACUUCUUAAGGAAAAACAAAAUAACGCCAUUAGACAUUUCCAAGAACGCAAAAAGCUUCAGCAACAAAAGCACGAACAUGAAAAGAAGAGACAGUUAGAAAAGCAGAAAAUUCUAGAGGAAAGAAAAAGAGCCCAACGUGCGAAAGAAGAAGAAGAGAAGAGAAGACAUGAUAUGAAAUUGAAGGCAAAACAGAUGGCUACAUACAAAGAUGCAACUUCAAAGUCACUGUCGUUUUUAGGAUCUAGUGGAUCAAAUAUUCUGAAGUCCAACGUGGACAGUGAAAUCAAUAAUAAAAAAGUAAUAAUGCCAGAAGAACUUCAAGGACAAAUUAACUCUAGACCCUUUUUGUUUUUGAGUGAUGUUUUUUAUCCAACAAGAUUCUACCAGACCAGAGAUUUGAAAUCAAAAUUAUCAAGAUAUGAAUGGACAAAGAUUUUACUGGCACCUAAGGUUGGGUUUUUCGUUGUCUUCAGUAAUAAGAAUUCGGCUAUAAAGUGUUACAAUGAGCAGAAUAAUAGAGUAUUCCACAAGAUAAGAGCUGUUUUUCAUUUAUGCCUAGAUAGUUCUUCUUAUGAAAUCAAGCACGCUGUUAAUGAUGAUCCGGUAGAGGAAGCCGCAUAUCAAAUAAUGAAAGAUUUGGAAAAUAUGCUUAGAAAAGAUAUCAAAGAGCGGACAGUUGGUCCUUCAGUCAUGCAAUAUUUGAACUCUGAGCAGUUUCAAGAAAUUAAGGUAAAGGAGGAAGCAAAACACACUGCCGCAGCACCAACUUCGGAAAAUUACGUCUCCUCUAAAAGUAAUGACAUUUUUGGAAUUGGAAAUAGCGCAUUACCGCAGCUUAAGUUGCCCAGUUUCCGAAAGAAAGAUGGCGCUAAGCCUGGCUUAAAGUCAAAAGACAGCUCUAUGAAGAAAUUGUAUAAGAGAUCAAACAGGUUCAUCCCACUUAAUAGGAUGAUGGAUGUUGAUAAUGAUGAUGAAGAUGACGAAGAAGACGAAGAUGAAGAUGAUAAUGAUAAUGAAGAUAAUGACGAAGAUGGUAAUAUUAAUAGUGAUGAUGCUAGCGAAGAUAAUGGGGAUGAUUAUGACGACAAACUUGAAGAAAAAGCUACGGAAGUCAAGAAUAAGUCCCCAAAGAAAUCUGUGAAAAAGUUUAAGGUCAACCGUCAAAAGAAUUUGGCAUUUUAUUCUUCCAGUGAGGACGAGGAGGACGAAGAUCAAAAGGGGGAAUUGUCUCAUAAUAAGGCCGUGAAAGCCCAUGUAAAGGAAAUGACCUCGCCAGCUAUGCUAACUCCUGAAAACGAGCUGGAUGUUAAAAUAGAUAUUGAGAAGGAGGUCACUGAGAUAGAUGUCACUGAAAAGCCUAAAAAAGAACUAGAUGAUGUCGGUGAUGUUGGUGAUGUUAGUGAAUAUGAUGCAGUUUAUGGGCCUUCAACGGAGCUUGGUAGAACUGUAUAUCCAGCACUCCUGAUUCAUAAAAGCGUUGACUUAGAGGGAUUUAAAUCCUUGGUUCGGGAUGAGGAAGAUCUUGAAUUAAUGAAGGAGGUAUUUAAGGAUGUGAAGCCUUCUGAGAGUAUUCAGAACAUCGAAUAUUGGUGUUGGAGAAAUAAAAAAAUUGAUGAACAAAGACUCAAAGAUAGAGUGGAAAUUGAUGAGGAUGUUGAAAAAGAAUUGGAAAAUAAAACUGGCUCUUUCAGAAGCGAAGGUUACCGGAAAAUUCUGGACUCUCUUAAAGCUGAGUACUUGCCUCAUCGUCGUAAGGUGCAUAGAAAUGAACCUUUGAAUACCCUUAAAAACAAUGAGUUUACAGAAAACAAUAACUCUAAGAAUAACACAGUUAAAAGUUCAAGAGUUAAUAGAGCUAAAAGCAGAAGAUUGGUUGCAGAUACAAAGCAGAUAUUGGGUUCUGAGACUGAUAUUUUGAAAUUGAAUUCCUUGAAUAAGCGAAAGAAACCUGUCAAUUUUGCUAGAUCAGCUAUUCAUAAUUGGGGUCUAUAUGCCUUGGAACCGAUUGCUGCCAACGAAAUGAUCAUCGAGUAUGUUGGUGAUAGUCUUAGACAGCAGAUUGCCGAACUCAGAGAAAAGCAAUAUCUUAAAUCCGGUAUCGGGUCGAGUUAUUUGUUUAGAAUUGAUGAUCAAACUGUUAUUGAUGCCACAAAGAAGGGUGGCAUUGCCAGAUUCAUUAAUCACUGCUGUACUCCAAGUUGUACGGCCAAGAUUAUCAAAGUUGAUGGUAAGAAGAGAAUUGUGAUAUAUGCUCUCAAGGAUAUUCAGGCCAAUGAAGAAUUGACUUAUGAUUAUAAGUUUGAACGAGAAACUAACGAUGAUGAACGUAUUGCAUGCUUAUGUGGCGCGCCAGGUUGUAAAGGUUUCCUUAACUGA